CAUAUAGUACGCACGUUCGCUCCACGUGUGCUUUAGAAGUUAUCUUCGUUUCUUACAUCUUGCACCGCGUGCUAGCAACGAGAGAAUUUCUCCCGGGCGAAGAUUCCUCCGACACGUCCUGGUGACGGAGCAAUUUGUCACAAGUACGUCCAGCUGACAGCAUUCAUAACUGUCACUACUCAAAGACGGAGAAAGGAUUGUCGACCGUUAAAAAUUUUAAAGAUAAAUAACUGACGAAAAGUUCGUUUUAUCCAAUUAUCGCUUUAUCAGUAAUAUUGUUACAAUUAUUAGAAAUAUUGCAUAAAGAAGAGAUAGAGCGAAUAAUUCGAGUCUGUACUAUAUUUGCGGAUAUUAUCAUUAUGACGUGAAACGAACAAGGGAUUCCGUCAAAGAGAAUACAUCAUUUACGAGGAUAAGUGAGAGCACAACUGAACGAAUGUCACGAGGUUCAGCGAAAUAGAAAUCUUUGGUAUUAAGAAAGAGAUGAGCCGACAACGAUAUAAUCUUUUAUUUCGUAAAUCCAUUGUAUGAUUCUUCAGUCUGACAAUCUGUUUUAUCAAUUCACUACUGAAUAGUAAGAAGAUGUAUUCAAAAACCACAAUUGUGUCCAUAAUGGAAAUCCAAAAUGACAAGCUUACAUCGUGCAAAGUAAAAUAUUUCUUACGUUGAGAAUGCUAAAAUCAUAGAUUUCAUACAACGCGACGAAUACAUGUUGCUCUAAAGAAAUCAAGAAAAGAUCACGGACUAUAAUCAUCCACGUGCAGAAAUCAACAUGUCCACUACAGAAUCAUGCAAUGGUGAUGCGAGCCCGACACGCCGGCCAAGGGAGAGAAUUCAUAGUGUUGGUCUGCCAGCCAUAACAUCUUUACUUCCGGAACCGCCACGCACCGGAAAUGAUAUACCACCGCCAAUACCACGUCGACAUUCUGCCACGCCGGCGGUAGCACCACCCCCGAUUCCGCUAAGACCGCCGGCAAUCCCGAAAAGAAGUAAAAAUGAGAAACCUAUCCCGGUGCAACUUCCAACCAGAUCAGGCAAUCAAGUAACUUCUUGCAAAGCGAAUGAUUCUUCGUCUACAUCUUCCUUAGGAAUAUCGACUACAUGGAAUACUAUGGAUACGACGAAUCCAAAACUUAUAGAUUUGAGUCCCUUCAGGAAUCAGAAUCAAAUAUCACAGGAUUACUUGUUGAAUUACGGCGAGAAGAACUCACGGCGGGAAACAAACAAGCAUAAUAAUUUUGUGGCUGACUUCGAGCGAGCGAAUUUCCAAGAAGGAUGUAAACUCACGCAAAACUUUGAGUUGCAAAAGGCCUCUUCGGAUCUCGAGAAACGGCUUCACGAGAGGAUUAAAAAUACCGAGGCGAAGUUUGAUUCGAAUGGUCGUCAACGACAGUGUUCGGUGUCACGGCAUAAUAGACAGCAAUUGUCAAAGUUUAUCAAAGAGAACGAGUCUAGUAGUUGCGAACAGAGAGAAUCGUUUGAGAGCAAACCCAAAAAGGAAGAAAUGGCAUUACCGCGAAGGGAGAUCUUUCAAAAAGAUGAAUUAAAAUACGCAACGAUUUUGACUUCCGGUCGCGAGCGACGAUCGAAGUUUGAGGAAUUGCAAGCGGCGUCAAAAAAUUUAGAAAGACGUUUGCACGAAGACGACGAUUAUCGUCGACGUCAGGAAAUGGAAAGACGGAUAAGCAAGGACAAGCUCAGAUAUGAGGACCUGGAUGCAAUCCCGAAUGAUCUCGACAAACGUUAUCAUGGUGAACAGAGAGCUUUAGAGCAGCAACAGCAACAUCCGAUAUUACGGAGCAAGUAUGAGAAUGACAUGGAGAGAGCUAGGAAUAUUCUUCAGCAUAAUCUGAGAAAGGAGCGAGUCGGCGGCGGCGGCGGCGGCGGCGAGAAACUUGAGAAAUUGCCAAAAGCAACACAGACAAAUCUACCACCCCCUCUGAGCGCCAUUUGUCAGAGUCCCGUACCGAAACCUAUCAGUGUCCGGCAGGACAGCAACGUUUCCUCAGAUAGUUUCAGUCAAACCAGUUCGCCCAGUUAUACUAGCAAGACAAUGGAAACCCCUCUUCUGCCUCAUAAGCACGGAAAAGUCCCAGACAGAGCGUUGGUAUCAGAACCCGAUAACUCAUCUGGUAGACCGAUAACGAAAUCCACGAGUACGCCGGCCAGUUUGCAAACCAUCGUCAGGAUGCAUGCCGGGAACAACAGCUCCUUACAUCACAAAAUAAUCAGAGAUAUGACUAGUACCCACUACGUGACAACGGGAAGAUUACGUUUCAAAUUUGUCCAAGUCCUGCUUAAUGCCAUUAUUCUUUUGGCCAUCGCUGGCGGUUUAGCUGCAUAUUUCAAAAGUGAGUAGAUUUAAUUAAAUUAUAAUUGAAAUGUUUUCGGUGUGCAAUAUUAAUGAGCGAUUUAAAAUAGUCAAGAUUUAAAGAAAUGAAAAUAUCAAUAUUGUCAAAAUAUAUACAAGUGUUAAAAACGUAAUUGUUUUUCCGACAAAGUAUAAAUAUUGCAAGUAAAGUUGAAAAACAUCACGAUGUAAAUAACGAUGUAAUAGUAUUUGACUGAAAUAAACAUGAUUGUUAAAC